UUGGUUUGGCCCGACUGGCGGGUGGGGCGGGAGCCGGCGGUGAUUGACACGUCUCGCGCGCUUCGGCCCGCCCCUCCGCGCGCUGUGAUUGGCCCCGCGCGGGUUCCGUUUCCGGUCGGGCCAUGGCGGCGACGCGCGCGCUGUGAGGGCUAUGGCGGCCCCGCACGCAGAGAAGCUGGAGGGAGCGGUCCCGGCCCCGCCGGGGCCCCCGCACCCCGCGGGCAGUGCUGCUGCCGGCGGGCCCGGCCGGAAGCAGGGCAAGGCAGGGCUGCAGAUGAAGAGCCCCGAGAAAAAGCGGCGCAAGUCCAACACGCAGGUAGGGCCGGGCUCGGGGCGGCGCGGGGGCCGGGGACGCGCCGCAGCAAUCCUGACCGCCACCUUCUCCCCGCAGGGCCCUGCCUACUCGCACCUCUCGGAGUUCGCCCCGCCGCCCACUCCCAUGGUGGACCACCUGGUGGCUUCCAACCCCUUUGAGGAUGAUUUCGGGGCCCCCAAGGUGGGCGCGGCGCCCGCCCCCUUCCUGGGCAGCCCCGUCCCCUUCGGCGGUUUCCGCAUGCAGGGGGGGAUGUCGCCGCAGGUGCCCCCUGGUUACGGCGGGGGUCCCCAGCCCCUGCGGAGGCAGCCGCCCCCGUUCGCCCCCGGGCAGAUUGGCCCGGCUUUUAGCAUGCCCCCCCAGAAUCCAAACUACGUGCAGCCGGGGGGCUUGACCUUCGCCGGGCAGCCCUUCAGCCAGCCCCUCGGACAGAACUUCAGCCCCCCUAUGGGGCAGCUCAUGCAGGGGCCUGUUGCGGGCUUCGGGCCCAUGAUGUCCCCCACUAUGGGGCAGCCCCCGCGAGGGGACAUGGGACCUGGGCCAGCCCUCAACCCCCCCGGGGGCCCAGCAGUGGCUCAGCGCUUCAGCCAGCCCAGCAACCUCUUUGGACAGUCGCCCAUGCAGCGCCCCGGGCAGAACAUGCCCCCGCUGCCCCCCACGGCCAGUCCCUUCCCUGGGGCGGAUCCCGGCUUCCCCGCUAGCAGCGAGGAGGGGGGCAAGAACCCUCCCCCCAGCACCUUCGCCCAGGAGCAGCACUCGGGCUCCCCCGCCACCGUCAACGGGGCACAGCCCGGCUUCGCCCCCAACAGCGCCGGCCGCAGCGCCAGCACCCCCGAGAGCAACAGCCUCCCCCUGCCGCCCCCCGGCAAGGCCGGCAGUGCCUCGGGCCACCAGCCGCCCCCGGGGCUCGUCUACCCCUGCGGGGCCUGUCGCAAUGAGGUGAACGAUGACCAGGACGCCAUCCUGUGCGAGGCCUCCUGCCAGAAGUGGUUCCACCGGGAGUGCACGGGCAUGACCGAGAAUGCCUACGGGCUGCUCACCACUGAGGCCUCCGCCGUCUGGGCCUGCGACUUCUGCCUCAAGACGAAGGAGAUCCAGUCGGUCUACAUCCGGGAGGGCAUGGGACAGCUGGUGACCGCCAAUGAUGGCUGAGCCACCCUUCAGCCGCCAUGGACAGCUUUCCCCACUGAUUUAGGACCAAACACCCUUUUUUUGUAGCUGUCGCCCCCCGGCCCGCCCCCCCCCCCC